AUGAGUAAAAUGUCGAAGAAUAAAUUAAACUUGACCCUCCCACCGGGUUCUAUAGACACGGCUCCGGCUAUAACUCCGUCUAAUAUGACCCCUCAGCUGAAAUCUGCAACAGCUUCAGAGCGGCAGGGUUUAGCAGGGAAGUCAAAGACUAGUAUUGAAGCCCUCACAGAAAGACUAGAGCAAAUUGAAAUGGAUGAUACUCAACGACGUAGGAUAGAAGUGUUUCUCUGUCAGAAAGAAAAAAUUGGAGAGCUUAGUGAUGAUGACUUUGAGAAGUUAGGAGAAUUAGGUCAAGGUAAUGGUGGAGUAGUAAUGAAAGUUCGACACAAGUCCACAGGCCUCAUAAUGGCUAGAAAGCUCAUUCAUUUGGAAGUAAAACCUGCCAUAAAGAAACAGAUUAUAAGAGAACUAAAAGUGCUUCAUGAAUGCAAUUUUGCUCAUAUUGUGGGUUUCUAUGGGGCAUUUUAUAGUGAUGGGGAAAUUUCAAUUUGUAUGGAAUAUAUGGAUGGUGGAUCAUUAGAUUUGAUACUAAAGAAGGCUGGAAGAAUUCCUGAGUCAAUUUUAGGAACAAUAACAUCAGCAGUGCUCAAAGGUCUAAGCUACUUGCGUGACAAGCAUGCAAUAAUGCAUAGGGAUGUGAAGCCAUCUAAUAUCUUGGUGAACAGCAAUGGAGAGAUCAAAAUAUGUGAUUUUGGUGUAUCUGGACAGUUAAUUGAUUCUAUGGCUAAUUCUUUUGUUGGCACUAGAAGUUAUAUGUCGCCUGAGCGUCUCCAGGGCACGCAUUAUUCCGUGCAAUCAGAUAUUUGGUCUCUCGGCUUAUCGCUGGUAGAAAUGGCGAUCGGAAUGUAUCCCAUACCGCCUCCUGAUCCGAAGACAUUAGCUGCCAUUUUCGGCGGGCAAAAUGAAGAUCAUUCACCGGGACAAGCACCAAAUUCACCACGACCGAUGGCAAUAUUCGAACUACUCGACUACAUCGUGAACGAGCCGCCCCCCGAACUGCCCCCGGGGAUAUUCUCAGAUGAAUUCAAAGACUUCGUCGAUAGAUGUCUUAAGAAGAAUCCCGAUGAGAGAGCCGAUUUGAAAACUCUUAUGAACCACGAAUGGAUCCGUCAAGCGGACGCAGAGAAGGCGGACAUAGCGGGAUGGCUGCAAGAAGUGCAUACUUUCAUCAGCGAAAAAGGGUCAAAACAUUUCCCAAGAGAAAGC